CGCGUUAGUUGAACUUAACUCUGAGCAACGACAACAUGCAGCUGCAAUAUCUAAGCGGCAUCUUAUUGAUUACAUUGGCUACGCUGCUGCUGCCAGCCACAGAGGCAGCCUUAGUGCAUGGCAGCUACAAGAAUGAAGCGCAUCCUGGCAAGUGCUACAUAGAUGCCAAAACCAUUUUGAGUCCCGGACAAACUGCCACAAUGCCAGGACAAUGCGAAGAGAUUCAGUGUCAUGAGAACAGCGAGGCUACAAUAACUUCUUGCGGCGUCUAUGGGCCACCACCUGGUUGCAAGCUGGGACCGCCCAAGCAACCCAAGGCCAAGUAUCCCGACUGCUGUGAGCCAACAUUUGUCUGUGCCUAAACAAUUGUUUAAAAAGUAAAGAUUAAUGUGCUUAAUCAGUAAACAUGCAAUGUUAACAGCAAAUGCAAAAUUAAUUAAUAAAUAAAUCAAACUAAUAUAUGGCUAGUUCCUGGAACUGCAUAUCAGCUGCAUAAUA